UCAAGUAGCAACUUAGUUUCACAAGAGGCAGAAAGUCGACUGAUUUGAAUGAGGACAAGGUAACUACUUAGAAGAAUCCUGUCAUAACAGAAAUAUGUCAAGGACACUUUUCCAUUCCAGUAAGUAAUGCAACGACUUCAGCAAACACUUAUUCAGAUAAUAUCUGGUUGGGGUUGCCAUGCAAAACAUCCACAACGGCCUUGACUGCAGCUGCCUGUUACAUUUAGAUAUUUCACACCACAUUGCUCUUCUCCUCUCAUUCCUUGUUAGCAGCUCAGAGUUCCUUUCUAACUUGCAUGUUGUUUUCCUGAGUUUAUCACCACCAGAAAACGCUCCACGAUGGCUGUCCAUGUACCAGGUCUGAUAAUGAUGGUCAUCUUCUACCUGCUUGUGCUGGGAAUCGGCAUCUGGGCAUCUGUGAAAUCCAAGAGGAUGGAGAAAAACACACCAGGUGGACGGAUGGAAAUCUCUUUUUUGGCCAACCGGAGGGUCAACUUAGUGGUGGGAGUCUUCUCGAUGACUGCCACAUGGGUCGGAGGGGCUUUUAUCAUUGGAGUUGCAGAGACAGUUUACGACCCCACAAAGGGAUUAAUCUGGGCUCUUAUUCCUCUGCAAAUGUCCUUCUCCUUCAUUAUCGGUGGGCUGUUCUUUGCAAAGCCGAUGCGGGAAAAAAACUACAUCACUGUGAUGGAUCCGUUCCAGAGGAAGUAUGGAGACACGCUGACUGGGCUUCUGGCCGUUAUUCCGUUUAUAAGUGAAGUGAUGUGGGCUCCGGUCACACUUAUCUCUCUGGGGGUGUCUGUUAGCGUCUUUUCCGGUCUGCCCUUAAGUCUUUGCAUCUGGAUCUCUGCUGCCAUAGCCAUCAUCUACACCGGCCUCGGAGGUCUCUACUCAGUCGUUUACACCGAUGUCGUCCAGCUUUCAUUGGUGUUUUGCAGCUUGUGGCUGUGUGCGCCCUUUGUUCUGGCUAAUGAGGCGUAUACUGACAUCAUUCAGACAGCAUUCAACCACACAUAUCAGGCCCCCUGGCUCGGACACAUUGAGUACAAUGAAGUGUGGAGAUGGAUUGAUAAUUUCCUAGCGAUGAGUGUUGGAAAUUUGGCAUUUCAAGAAUUCCACCAGAGGACUCUCUCCUCCAGCUCCACAUCUACAGCCAGAAGGAUCUGCUUCAUAUCAGCCGGCGUCGUCCUUCUUCUUGGAGUUCCUCCUGUGCUCAUCGGUGCCGUUGCAGCUUCAACAGAUUGGAAUCUGACCUCGUACGGGUCGCCGUCUCCGUAUGAGCGAGGAGAGGCCGCUAUGGUGUUGCCCAUCAGCCUUCUGCAUCUCACCCCAACCGCCAUAUUCGUCCUCGGCAUGGGAGCCAUCGCCGGUGCCUCAAUGUCGUCGACGGACUCGUGUCUGUUGGCGGCGACCUCCAUCUUCACCAGAAACAUCUACAAGGUCAUCAGACAUCAGGCAUCAGACUGGGAGCUGCAGUGGGUGAUUCGCUGCUCCAUAGUGGUCGUUGGGAUUGUGGGAACGUCCCUCACCUACCUGGACAGCAGCAUCCUGGUGUUCUGGAUCCUGGGGGCCGACCUUGCUUACACCAUCAUGCUCCCACAGCUGAUCUGCGUCCUCUUCAUCCGGGUUUCCAACGGUUACGGGGCCGUUGCAGGCUAUGUUGUUGCCUUUGUCAUGAGGGUUUUGUGCGGAGAGCCCGUGUUCAAGCUUCCUGUCAUCCUCGCUUUCCCAGGGUGCACUUUAGAGGACGGCGUUUACGUUCAGCACGCUCCGUUCAAGACCAUCUGCAUGCUGUCUGCUCUGACCUCCAUCCUGGUGUUUUCAUAUAUGGCCUCUCUGCUGUUUAACAAGGGGAUCCUUCCUGAGAGGUGGGACGUGUUCAAGGUGAAAUCACAGGAAGAACUACGACCAGCAGAGGGCGCCAGAGAGGCUGAUGGUGAAAAGACUGGUGCUCCAAAUGAAAAUGAACCAAUGCUCGAUACAGGCUGCUAAUUCAAUUUCUGUUGACUUUAUGUCUUAUUGUAACAUAUUGUUGGUGCCAAUGAUGUUCCUGGGUUUUUAGCCUUCAGCCCUUCUGCUUCCAUACAUGUGAUUAUCAAUAAACACAUGGGUAAUGCACAAUGAUUCAGAUGCAUACUAGUGAUGGUUAUGUAUCUGACUUGCUAAUCAUUUUGGUUUAUUUGUACAGGGACAAGUAUAUAAAAGGAACUAGACAGCAUAUGAGGUUUCCAAGGUUAACUGGACCAUGUAAAUGUGAGAUGUUUUUUUAGAAAUCGAUAUCAAUCAUAUUAAAUCCCACAAAAGCAAUAAAA